UGUUUGGAUUGUUGGAAUUUUGUGCAAUUUUUCAAUUUUGAAUUCAAAAAAACGAUGAAGUUGCCAAAAAGAAAAUCAACAACUAAUUUGGCCGUAAAUUCCACGGCUAAAAAAAUUGAACCUGUUAUUCAAGAUGAAAUUUUUGUUAAAAUUUUAGAAAAUUUUCAACAAUUAUCAUCGAAUCCUGAUAAUUUUUUACUACCUAAUGAAGAUAGUUCAUUGAAAUUUAAAACAAUUACAAAAACAAUAUAUGAUCAUGGUCAAAACAUUUUGUCCGAUUUAAACGUUUCAAUAAAAUCGACUAAAGAAAAACAAUCAUUGAAACCAUUGAAUAAUCUUUUGGUAGAUAAAUUUGAUAAUGAACAAAUUUGGCAACAACUUGAACUGUUCAAUCAACCAUUCAUUGAACAUUCGGUCACUGAAAUUUCAAAAAUAUUAUCCAGUCAAAAGCCAAUAUCAUUAAAUAUUGAUAUGAAUUUGGACAAGGAUCUGAAUAAAGAUAAUAUUACCAAACCGAUUUUAAAAUCAACGGAUAAUGUGAUUGAAAAACCAAUCACAAUUCAAAAAGAAAAGAAACAUGUAAAAUUUAAACUGGAAAAACCGACGACAAAAAUUAAAGAAGUAAAAUCUACUGUUAAUAAAUUUGAUUUUUUCAAUCAUGAAGAAAUGGAAAGAUUUCUUGAUGAACAAGAUGAAAAAGAAAUGCAACAAGACAACAAUAACAAUGCGGAUGAUGACAUUGAACAAAUUGAUCAUUUGUAUGAAUUUCCAUCUGAUGAUGAUGAUGAAGAUGAUGAUGAUGAUAAUGAUAACGAUGAAAUGAUGUAUUCAGAUUUUUUCGAUCCUCCACCAGGAACAGACAAACAAAAUACAAUGGAUCUGGAAGAUGAAGAAGAAGAAGAAGAUGGUUUUGAAGAUGCUGAUGUUGAUUUAGAUACGCGAGAUUUUGAUAUGAAUGAAUAUGAUGAUGAAGAAGAUGAUGAUGAGGAAAAUGAAAUUAAUAAAAAACUUAAAGCAUUAGCCAAUAAUGAUGAUGAUAUUGAUAAUAUUGAUGGUGAUCCAGAUAAAUCGGAAUAUGAAAAAAGUCAAUUACGGCUACAGCAAAAGAUUAAAAAAGCUGAACAAGAACUUCUUCUACCAAGUAAUCUUCGUUGGCAAUUUGCCGGUGAAACUAAUGCCGGUGUACGGCCAUCGAAUAGUUUACUCGAAGAACAUCUUCAAUUUGAUCAUGUAGCUAGACCUCCACCAUUAAUAACGGAUGAAACUACUACAACUUUAGAAGGUUUAAUCAAACAACGUAUCAAAGAUAAAGUAUUCGAUGAUGUUGAACGUAAAGUAAAGCCUAAAGAACAACCAUUUGAAUUUCGUCGUCGUAUAAUGUUGGAAUCGGAAAAAAGUAAAAUUGGUUUAGCAGAAGUUUAUGAACAAGAAUAUCUUAAACAACAACAAAAACAAAAAGAACAGGAAAUUGGAACAGCUACCGAUGCAUUUGUUUCGGUAGGUGAAGCCGAAGAAAGUGAAACACGUAAAGAAAUACGUCGUCAAAUUCGUUCAUUAUUUCGUAAACUUGAUUCAUUAUCGGCAUUUCAUUACACACCACGUCCGCCUGUACCUGAAGUUAAGAUUCUAACAAAUUUGCCGGCCGUAACAGUCGAAGAAGUGGUUCCAGAUUCUGUUAGCGAUAUGAAAUUAUUAGCACCCGAAGAAGUAUUCAGUACACGAAACAAAAAAGUUUUACAAGAUAAAGGUGAACGAACACAAACAGACAAGAAACGUGCACGACGAUUAAAGAAAAAGAAACAAGGUGUUAAACAAAAAUUUAUUCAAUCAAAAAUGAAAUUAAAUGUAUCGGAUAAAUCGACAAAACGAAAAUCCGAAAUAGAAGCAUUUGAAGAUGGUAAAAGUUUAAAAUCAUCAACGAAAUUUUUCGAACGUUUACAAGAAAAAAAUGAAUUACAAAAAAUACAGAAAAAAGCCAAACCGAUUAUCAUUCAACAGGCUAAUUUGGCUAAAAAAUUAAAACUUUAGAUUUUUUUUUUGAAA